AUGGACAGCUCUCCCGCCUCGCCUUUGGCCCCCAGGGAUCCCAGCUCCCCUGAAUCUUCGAUCGGCGAACAAAUCGCCACUCUACAGGCCCAGCUUGCCGCUCUGCAGGCCUCGCAACCCGCCGCCGCCGCAGCCGCCGCACCCCCGGCCGUCACCAUCGUGCCGGGGAACGCCGCCACCGCAUCCAAGGUCGUGUUUCCCAAGCACGCUCGUCUGGACGGCCCCAAGUCGUUCACCAACUGGUUGCGUCAACUCCGUCUUGCACUCCCGAACCAGGUUCGUGGUUACGUUCUCGACGGUGUCGUUCCCCCGACCUGGACCGCCGACCAGCUUGCCGCACGUGACGACGCCGCCCGGGAAAUCAUCGUUGGCUCUAUCGACUCCGCCGACGUAUCGGCCACCCUCGACGCCAUCCCCAGCGACGACCUGUCGGCACCGCGCAUCUUUGCCGCUCUCAAGGCUCGUUUUGCACCGGACGACGCUACACGCACUCUCGAGUUGUUCGCUCGCCUUUGGGACUUCAGGAAGAUGCCUGCCUCCGUCGAGGCCUACGACACUUGGCUACGCGAGUACAUGUCGAUUGCUCAGGAAAUACGCGACGCCAAAACAUCGCUCAACGACGUGCUCGCCACCCACGUGCUCGCCAUGGUCCCGUCUUGCCUCGACAGCUUCCGACUCACGUUCACGGACGAGCAGCGAAACCGACGCGACCUUCCCGAACUCACGACGCUUACGGACCGCAUUCGCAUCCAGCUUCGUUCGGCAGGACUCUCGACCUCGCAUUCGGCCAUGCUUGCCACGCGCUCCCCUUGCCCCGCCUGCCGCGCUCCCGGUCACCGCCUGCGCGACUGCACUUCACGUGCGAAGCACCCGCCCACCGGCCCCUGCCGCCGAUGCCACAAGAAAGGUCACUGGGCACUCGACUGCAAGAACCGGGGUGAACAGGCACGUAGCAGCGACGACACCCAGGACGACACGUCUUCCUCCGCGGCCUCGCAACCGAACGUCGGCUAUUUCGCCUCCUGUCUCUUCGCUCGUCGCCAACUCCCAACUGACGCCUUUGUAGUCGAUUCGGGUGCCACGACACACAUGGUCGCCGACCGAUCUCUAUUCACGACUUAUCGUCAGACGGCACACACCAAGAUCGGCGGCAUCGCGGGCGGCAUCACGGCUAUCGGCAUGGGGGACGUGGCAUUCGUCGCCAAGACUGGACACCCGAUCACGCUCCGUGGUGUUCUUCACACGCCUGGCCUACACGUCAACCUCCUCUCUGUCUCUCGCCUCUGCGACACCGACCGCGUUCGUCUCGCCUUCACCAGCGACGGCAUCGACAUCGCCAAGGACGGCCGGGCCAUUGCUCACGGUACCAGGGUCAACGACGGUCUUUACCUUUUGGACGCGGAUCACACCAAGUGUCAGCAUCUUGCCUUCCUCUCACGCUCUGAGUCUCCCGUGCCCCUGCUUACCCUACACCGCUGCCUCGGCCAUCUUGCCCCAUCCUCUAUACAGAAGAUGAUUGCUGCAGGUUUGCUGGACGGGUUUGGGGCCGGGUACAGUGACAAAGACGUAGAGGAGUUUGUUUGCAAUGCUUGCCUUGGUUCCAAAGGUCACCGCCUUCCCUUUCCCGACUCUGAGUCGCAUUCCGCCGAGAGACUUGGCCUCGUGCACAGCGACGUCCUGUCGUUCCCCACUCCGUCCUUGACCGGGAAGCGCUACCUUGUCACGUUUCUAGACGACCACUCUCGCAAACUCUGGGCAUAUGCGAUCGAUCACAAAAGCGAUGUUUUCCCGACCUUCCAGACUUGGCUCGCCGAAGUGGAGUUAGAGACGAACGCGCGGUUGAGGAUCCUUCGAACCGACAAUGGCGGGGAGUACCGAUCAAACGCAUUCACGGAGUUCUGCAAAUCCAAGGGCAUUCGUCGUCAAUACUCUAUCCCUUACACGCCUCAACAAAACGGUCGCGCCGAACGUGUCAACCUCUCCAUCGUCGAGGGCGUCCUCGCUCUCCUUGCGGACGCCCGUCUGCCGGCCACCUUUUGGGAUGAAGCGGCUGCGUAUUUCGUUUAUUGCAAAAACAGGUGCUCACACUCAGCUUUGGCCAAACAGACUCCAGAAUCCGUUUGGAACGGCCAACGCACCACCGCCACCGCCCUCCACCCGUUCGGCUGCACAGCCUGGCUCACGGUCGCCCCGGACCUUCGCAGCAAGCUCGACCCCAAGGCCGCGCGCGUGAUCUUCACAGGUUACGACCUCGCCUCCAAAGCUUUCCGUUUCUUUGACCAUUCCAUCAACAAGAUUGUACUUGGUCGCAAUGCCACCUUCCUCGACGACGACUUCCCCGGCCUGCCAGUCACCACGCCCGUCGAUGCAGACGACACCGACCGUCAGUUCGUCGUUCCCGCCGACACGCCCGCCCCUGCCGUCAAGACGAGGACCCCACUAGUAAGGUCGGCGCACAUGGACGUCUCAUCCUCCCUUGAUGAUUCUGCCAUGAGCGCCGUUGACGUGGCCCCAGGGUACACUGGCGGAACCUUACUUAAUUCCACAGAUACCGAAUCGUCCUCGUCACCGUCUCCUGAGCCGUCCUCGUCACCGUCGCCCACAAACCCUUUGUCACCGUCGCCUGCGCUGUCACCGUCGUUGGCAGCGUCAUCGUCACCCUCGGUCUCACCGACCGACUCUGACUACUCCGCCGACCCUCUGGACCUCAUCGGCUCACAGACCCCGACUCGCCUUGGCCCACCGGACGUGCACCGCCCAGACUUCAGCACGUACCGUGAGCCCGCAUCGGCUGAGGAGUCGCCCGACGAACUCGACAUCAUUGGGCGUCACUCGCGCGAUGAAUCGCCGGAUGAAAUCGAUUUCCUCACCCAACACCACCGCGCCUUCAUCGCCACAGACGACGACGACCCCACCCUCGACGCCAUCGAGCCCGUCAAAUCGAUCACUAGCGACCCCCAGACCUGGCGCGAAGCAAUGUCCAGCGACGAGCACAACAUCUGGGCUGAGGCCGCCGCCGCCGAGUUCACCGCCAUGCGCGACGACUUCAAGGUGUUCACCAUCGAGCCUCGCUCAUCUGUACCGCCGGGCGCCACCAUCGUCACCUCCAAAUUCGUCUGGAAGACCAAGCGCAACGCAAGCGGUGAAGUCACGGGGCGGAAGGCACGUCUUGUAGCGCAGGGUAACCGACAGCGCGACGGCAUCGACUUCUCAGAAACCUUCGCACCCGUUGCCCGUUUCUCCUCCAUUCGCUGCCUCCUGGCUCUUGCCGCUGCCAAUGGCUACCACGUUCAUCAGGCCGACAUCGACAAGGCUUACCUCCACGGCGAGCUCGAUCAUGAUAUCUGGAUGACGACACCACGCGGUUUCGACUUCCCGAGCGAUAAGGUUCUCCGGCUGCGACGCUCAAUCUACGGUCUCAAGCAGGCCGGUCGCAUCUGGAAUCGUCACAUUGACACAUCACUCAGGAAUCUGGGGUACAAGGCAACAGGCACUGAUCACUGCAUUUACUCUCGCAUUGACGAUCAGCAGCGGCCUCACUAUAUCGCCUUGUAUGUCGACGACCUCCUCAUUGUCAGUCCAGCCCUCGACGAGAUCGAACGUGUCAUCUCCGGCCUUGAACAGCGGUACGGCGUCAAACGACUCGGCCCCGCGGAGUACAUCCUCGGAAUCCAAAUACGCCGCCUGGACGACGGUUCCAUUGCUCUAUCCCAGGAGCGCUACAUCAUGGACGUGCUGGCCCGUUUCCACUUCGACACCACGACACGCGGCACUACGGUGCCGAUGACGCCCGGCCUCUCGCUCACGGCAAUUCCGGGUCAGGGAACGGAGCGCAUUCGUUCGUGGUACCUACAGGCCAUCGGCUCCCUCCUCUACAUCUCCCUUGGCACUCGACCCGACAUUGCCUUCGCCGUCUCGUACCUGUCCCGGUUCGCCAACAACCCCGGCCGCCGCCAUUGGAUUGCCGUCAAACACGUCCUUCGCUACCUUCGCGCCACGUACCGCGAUGAGCUUCUCUAUGCCCGCGGCCCAGCAAAAGUCACGGGUGUGGUUGGUUAUUCUGAUGCGAACUGGGGCGCCUGCGUCGACACAUCCAUUUCAACGAUGGGCUACGUAUUUUACUUGGCAGGCGCCGCUGUCUCUUGGUCGUCGAAGCGUCAGACUCGGGUAGCGGAUUCCACCACUGAUGCCGAGUACCUGGCCUUGUCGCACGCGGGUAAGGAAGCGAUCUACCUUAACCAACUCCUCUCCGAGCUCCACGUUUGCCCAAUCGCUGCAGCUCACAUCUUCACCGACAACGAGGCCGCGGCCGCCGUCGCUCACGACCCCGUUCGCACCUCCGGCACCCGGCACAUUCGCCUCCGCGAGCAUUUUGUCCGUGACAUGGUCAAUCGAGGUGAUAUCUCUCUCUCACACGUUGGCACAGCAGACAUGGUUGCGGACGUAUUCACCAAGGCGCUAGGCCCCAAGAUUUUUGGUACACAUUGCUAUGCUCUAGGCCUCCGGACGCGACAUCCACGGCUCAAGUCUACCUCGCGUUCGCGUGGGGGGGGGUGUGAGGAAUCCACUCUCCGCUCGGCUCAGGACUUAGGCGCGCGGAGCGAACCGGGCGCGGACUUAGGCGCGCGGAGUGAGCCGGGCGCCCCGGCCCAGGACUUAGGCGCGCGAAGCGAGCCUGGGACUUAG